CGAGCCGUGCAGCUCUGAUGUCCUCGUGAAUCACUUGUCUCGUGCUGGGUUACCCGAUGUCAUACCACGUUCGAACUGGAAGGUACGGCGACAUUUUCGACUGGAGUACAGGACCCCACACGAUUCCGAGAUGCGUUUGGAAGAACAGUAGCCGUGCUCUUCGAAGCCUAAAUGGUGAAGCUGGAAAACUUGGCGGCUCUCUGGUGAUCGCUUCGUGAGCAGGAAAGUGAGGCUCGAGCCGUGCAGCUCUGAUGUCCUCGUGAAUCACUUGUCUCGUGCUGGGUUACCCGAUGUCAUACCACGUUCGAACUGGAAGGUACGGAGACAUUUUCGACAGGAGUACAGGAUCCCACACGAUUCCGAGAUGCGUUUGGAAGAACAGUAGCCGUGCUCUUCGAAAGCCAUAUAUGGUGAAGCUGGAAAACUUGGCGGCUCUCUGGUGAUCGCUUCGUGAGCAGCACCCUCCUCACUCUUUCUUCCAUUCCAAUGGAACUGUGUACAAGGAUACCUUUAUGACCCGCCUGCUCAGGAUGACUGUCACAGAACCCUACAGGCACAAGCUGACCCUUAAUUCAAAUCCGGACUGGGGACACGAAACAGCGAACGGAUCAUGGACGGGCUUCAUCGGUCAACUACAGCGUCACGAACAAGACGUAGCCUUCUGUCUGUUUUAUCCCACAAACUCUCGUAACCGUAUCGGGAUUCCAUCCACUGCGAUCAUCUACGAGGACGUCGUCGCCCUGGUUGGUCUCCCGAGGGAACGACCGACGGACCCUUUUGCCUUUCUCACCGCAUUCGGCCUUUACGUGUGGUUAGCCCUGUUGGGUUCCUUAGUGGUGGUGGCGGCGGUGUACGCGUCAGCGGAACCCGGACGUCGAAGCUUCAUUCGCUCUUGGGCUCAUUACGUCUUCCGCCUGAUCGGAAAUGUUUUCUUCGAAGCCAAUCCCAGCAUUCUACAACACAGUGCUUCGAGACUUCUGGACGCUGCUUGGUGGGCGGGACUCAUCAUCUUAAUGAGUGGCUUCUCUGGGGAACUGUUGGCGCGCCUCGCCAUACAGCCCAGUCCUAAGCGGAUCACGACGCCCCAACAGCUGUCCGAAAGCGAUCAUAUUCGUCCGGUGAUGCUAAGAGGGCCUGCCUAUCCACUGUUGCUUGCAAUAUCCUCGGACGAAACCUCUCGAAAGCUGUACCAACGUCUACUGAUGCACGGCAAGAAGAGCCUGGUCUCUUACUCUCGUCUGUGGAGCCACCAGACAUUCGAGGACGUGGCUGCUGAAAGGGCUGCCAUCAUUGCUGACAGAACGACGCUGGAAUACAACAGGGUCCGAAUGUGUGGCCAUUUCCCGCAGAAGGAAUUGUACGUGGUACGCGAACGGGUGCUGUCUCAUCCUCUCGUUCUUUACUCCAGCAAGAACAUAUCGCUCCGUUUCGUGGAACUACUCAAUAAGAGGAUAUUUGCCGUUCAAGAGUCUGGUAUCCUUCAACAUUGGUAUGAUGGAACAGUUCAGCUGGGCGGAGACGCCGGCCGAUGCCCUCGAGUUUUGAGCGGUGCUCACAAGACGGCCGCCUUGGGUCUGCAAGAACUCCUUCCUGUAGCAACGCUGCUGGCAAUAGGUGCAGGUACAGCCACCAUCGUCCUUGUGGCCGAAAUCGGCACCUUCUAUUUGAAAGUAGCCAUGAAACGGGUAACGCCCGUUUACUAA